AUGUGCAAAAUUCAGCCGUUUGGUGGAAAGCACAUCAUUCUCUUCGGAGAUCCGGCCCAACUCCCCACUCGAUAUCACGAUCACAUAUAUUGUAAAGAUAUAUUUAGACACUUUAACAUAUUUGUAUUGCAAGAAAUUGUGCGUCAAGACAACAAAGAAUUUGCUCAAAUGUUACGAGAAGUUCGGUUGGGCCAUCGUACGAAAGAAGUGGUCGCAUAUUUCAAACAACGAAUGGUUAACGAUUAUGAUAUUAACGAAAUAAUUAUGGGAGCAAUUGUUAUUCUUCGCCGCAAUUUAAACACUGCUGCGGGACAUGUGAACGGAAGAGUCGCAAAAGUUAAAGUAAUGGGUGAGCGAUAUGUUAUCAUCACAACACUCGACGAACCGAUAGAAGACAUACCGAUUACACCAAUCAGACAAUAUCUUGAGUAUUGUGGACAAGAAGACAGGUUUAUUAGGGAACAAUUACCGCUCGAACUGGGAUGGGCUGUGACAAUACACCGAGUACAAGGUCAGGCAUACACCGCAUUGUCACGCCCGCGCAAACUCGAAAAUCUUAGACUAUUGGCUUUCGAGCCUAGGAAAAUAAAACUACACAAAUAUUAUAAAAAACUGCUUGAAUGGGUGGAAAAAGUUAAUCUUUUGAAUCCCAACCGAGAAGAAUAUUUUCCACCACCAGAUAAGGAAUUGAAAGAUCAGAAACGACUUAAAGACUAUAAAGAUAAGAAACCAAAAGACAAUAAAACACUUUACCCAAUAUUUGACAAACCAAUAAAACCCAAUGAUUCAAAACAACCCUUUGUCUCACUUUCACACAACACAACACACAAGAUACUUUACGGACAACUCUUUCAUACCAUUACUCCAUCGCUUCCAACACAAGACAUCGUCACACAAUUGGAUCCAAUCAUCAAAUCAGUGACAUACCACACGGUGACCGACACGAGUGCGGCGGGCACUCAGCCCCGCACCAAUGGCCGCGACGUGUGGGCCGGGCUAUCAUCGCCCCUACAGUCGGCGCCGGGCUAUCAGCGCACCAACAGUGGCCGCGACGUGUGGGUCGGCCUGUCAUCGCCCCUACAGUCGGCGCCGGGCUAUCAGAGCGCCAACAGUGUCCGCGACGUGUGGGUCGGCCUGUCAUCGCCCCUACAGUCGGCGCCGGGCUAUCAGCGCGCCAACAGUGUCCGCGACGUGUGGGUCGGC